GCCGCCUGUCUGCACCAGCAGCACCAUGUCGCUCAUGGUCGUCAGCAUAGCGUGUGUUGGGUUCUUCUUGCUGCAGAGGGCCUGGCCACAUGUGGGAGUCUACAGAAAACCUUCCCUCCUGGCCCACCCAGGUCCCCUGGUGAAAUCAGGAGAGACGGUUGUCCUGCAAUGUUGGUCAGAUAUGAGGUUUGAGCAUUUCCUUCUGCACAGAGAGGGGAUCACUGAGGACCCCUUGCACCUCAUUGGACAGCUCCAUGAUGGGGGUUCCCAGGCCAACUAUUCCGUGGGUCCCAUGAUGCCUGCCCUUGCAGGGACCUACAGAUGUUUUGGUUCUGUCGCUCACUCCCCCUAUAAGUGGUCAGCUCCCAGUGAUCCUCUGGACAUCGUGAUCAUAGGUCUAUAUGGGAAACCUUGUCUCUCAGCCCAGCCAGGCCCCAUGGUGCAGGCAGGAGAGAACGUGACCUUGUCCUGCAGCUCCCAGAGCUCGUUUGACAUUUACCAUCUAUCCAGGGAUGGGGAGGCCCAUGGACUUAGGCUCCCUGCAGUGCCGAGGGUCAGUGGAACAUUCAAGGCUGACUUUCCUCUGGGCCUGCCACCCACGGAGGGAACUACAGAUGCUUCGGCUCUUUCCGUGCCCUGCCCUAUGUGUGGUCACACCCGAGUGACCCACUGCCCAUUUCUGUCACAGGAAACUCUUCAAGUACUUGGUCUUCACCCACAGAACCAAGCUCCAACACUGGAUGCUGCUGUAAUGGACCAAGAGCCUGUGGGAGACAGAACAGUGAACAGGGAGGACUCUGAUGGACCAGAUCCUCAGGAGGUGACAUACGCACAGUUGGAUCACCGCGUUUUCACUCAGAGAAAAAUCACUCGCCCUUCUCAGAGGCCCAAGAGACCCCCAACAGAUACCAGCGUGUACACGGAGCUUCCACAAGCUGAGCCCAGAUCAUUGUCUCCUGCCCAUGAGCACCACAGACAGGCCUUGAGGGGGUCCUCCAGGGAGACAACAGCCCUGUCUCAAACCCAGGUUGCCGGUUCCAAUGUACCAGCAGCAGGAAUCUGA